CCUCUGGUAAGACUCCUGAAGUGGGUUUAUCUCAACCACCUUUCAGGACCUGAAACAUAUCCCCACUGAGGAUGUUCUAGUAGGUUCAGUGAUAGGAUGGACAUGCGAGCCAAUGAAUAUCAAAACUGGCAAGUCUCUACAGACCACCUGUAGUGCUACAGACCCUGUCCUAGGAGCUUCCAGGAUUUACUGCCACUCCUCACGGCAGGAACGGCAGUGAUUAUUCCCACUCAUCAGAUCGCUUGCCAAGGUCUCACAGGAGAAUAGCCCUUGCUUCUCUGAACUUAAUAGGAACACACAGUGGGAACCGCCCAGCUUGUCUCAGAGCCUCUGAGGCCUUCCUGUCAUCUGUCCUGGCCCACCCCAGCUCCUUGGGAACAGCAGGCCACCCCUGCUCCCCUCCCCUCUACUCCUCUUCCCUCAACUUCUCAACACUAGCCACUAAGAGGUUAUCCCUGGCUCCCACCCCAGCAAAAGGAUAAGAUCUGGGACUCAAAAGUUUGAAUAGAGGUUUGGUGUUCAAAGAUAAAGGCUGUGACUAGAGACGUGGUCCAUGUAAAGAUGUCUGUAAGAUGCCCAGUCUGGAUCGCCAAGUAAACCCCAGGGCUGGAAGGUCAGGGUCAGAAAGUUUCUCUCCCUGGGUCUCCUCCCAGUUCUCCAAGGCAGGAAGCAUCGGUUUCCUCCAAGCUGCUUCCCUCCUGGGGCAGAGUCUCAGUCACAAACAAGCACCCGCCCCGUCCUCUGCUGUGAGUGCAUGCACUGGACACAGUGCUUGGGACCAGGACAGAGGCCUGCCGGCAGCCAUGAGCUGUAAAGGAGCCGGCCUCUUGUGGGCCCAGUGGGCCCUGUCUCUCCUGCUUCUGCUUGGCAUGGGAGGCACAGCUCAGGACUACCCGCCCCAGAUCCUAGUCCACCCUGAGGACCAGCUGCUUCAGGGCCCUGGCCCUGCCAAGAUGAGCUGUCGGGCUUCUGGCCAGCCACCCCCCACCAUCCACUGGCUGCGGAAUGGGGAGCCUCUGAGCAUGGUGUCCCCUGAUAUCCACUACCUCCUACCUGAUGGAACCCUGUUGCUGCUGCAGCCCCCUGCUGAGGGGCAUGCCUGGGACAAGCAGACCCCCUCCACGGACCUGGGCGUCUACACAUGUGAGGCCAGCAACCCACUGGGCACAGCCGUGAGCCGAGGUGCACGGCUCUCUGUGACUGUCCUUCGGGAGGAUUUCCAGAUGGAGCCUCGGGACACGGUGGCCAUGGUGGGUGAGCAGGUGGUUCUGGAGUGCAGGCCACCCUGGGGACACCCGGAACCCACAGUCACAUGGUGGAAGGACGGCAGGCCCCUGGCCCUCCAGCCAGGCCGGCACAUGCUGACCAGGAGCUCCCUGCUGGUGACAAGAGCAGAGAUGAGGGAUUCAGGGAUCUACAUGUGUGUGGCCACCAACUCCGCGGGGCAGCGGGAGAGCCGGGCAGCUCAUGUGUCGGUGCAGGAGCCCCAGGACUACCAGGAGCCUGUGGAGCUGCUGGCGGUGCGCAUCCAGUUGGAGAAUGUGACCCUGCUGAACCCAGAGCCGGAGCCCGCAAAGCACCCCCAGCCUGGGCCUGCUGUGUGGCUCAGCUGGAAGGUGAGCGGCCCUGCUGCACCAGCACAGGCCUACACAGCCCUAUUCAGGGCCCAGGCAGCGGGUGGCCCUGGCACUCCAUGGGCAGAGGCCCUGCUGGCCGGCUGGCAGAGUGCAGAGCUAGGGGGCCUCCGCUGGGGCCAAGACUACGAGCUCAAAGUGAGACCAUCUUCCGGUCGCGCCCGAGGCCCUGACAGCAAUGUGCUGCUCCUGAGGCUGCCUGAGCAAGCACCCAGCGCCCCUCCCCAGGAGGUGACCCUAAAACCAGGCAACGGCAGUAUUUUUGUGAGUUGGGCCCCACCCCCAACUGAAAACCACAAUGGCAUCAUCCGUGGCUACCAGGUCUGGAGCCUGGGCAACACCUCGCUGCCCCCCUCCAACUGGACGGUGGUGGCAGAGCAGACCCAGCUGGAGAUCAGUGCCCGAAUGUCAGGCUCCUACUGCAUCCAGGUGGCUGCCGUCACUGGUGCUGGGGCUGGGGAGCCCAGCAGUCCCGUCUGCCUAGUUUUAGAGCACGCCCUGGAGAGAGCCUCCCGUGAGUCCAGCGAGACUGGCCCAUGGACUCUGGAGCAGCUCACAGCCACCCUGAGGCGGCCAGAGGUCAUUGCCAGUGGAGCUGUGGGUCUCUGGCUCCUGCUGCUGGGCACUGCUGUCUGUGUCCACCGCCGGCGCCGAGCUGGGAUGCACCUGGGCCCAGGUCUGUACAGGUACACCAGUGAGGACGCCAUCCUAAAACACAGGAUGGACCACAGUGACUCGCCCUGGCUGGCAGACACCUGGCGCUCCACCUCCCGGGACCUGAGCAGCACCAGCAGCCUCAGCAGCCGGUUGGGAGCUGACCCACGGGACCCUCUAGACUGCCAUCGCUCAUUGAUCUCCUGGGACCCCCAAAGCCCUGGUGUGCCCCUGCUGCCCGACACCAGCACAUUUUACGGCUCUCUCAUCGCACAGCUGCCAUCCAGCUCCCCGGCCCGGCCAAGCCCCCAGACCCCAGCUGUCAGGCACCUCCCGCCCCAGCGCACCCGGCUCUCCAGCCCCUGGCCCAGUUCAGACAGCCUCUGUAGCCGUCGGGGCCUCUCUUCUCCGCGCCUGUCUCUGGCCCCCACAGAGGCUUGGAAGGCCAAGAAGAAGCAGGAGCUACAGCAGGCCAACAGCUCCCCGCUGCUGCGGGCCAGCCAUCCUACGGAGCUCCGGGCCUGGGAGCUGGGGAACAGAGGCUCCAGGAACCUUUCCCAAAGCCCAGUUUACCACACUCCAGAGGCCGUCCCCCGGGCUCUGGUUGCUUGGCGGGUCCUAGGACCUCAGAUCCUCAGCAACUCCAGUGAGCUGCUGGCUCGCACGCCGCCACCCUCCACAUCCCUCUCUCCUCGCAGAGCCUCCACACAGAGCCAGCAGACCCAGCACCGGGUGGAGCCCCCAGCACCCUCCCCCCUCCCUAUGCCUGCAUCCCCCAGCCCUCCUAGACCCCCCAGCCCUCCCAGCCCCCCAGCCUCUUCCCUCUCAGGCCCCAGCCCAGCCUCUAGUCGCCUGUCUAGCUCCUCACUGUCUUCCCUGGGCGAGGACCAGGACAGUGUGCUGACCCCCGAGGAGGUAGCCCUUUGUCUGGACCUCAGUGAGGGUGAGGAGACCCCCAGGAACAGUGCCUCACCCAUGCCCAGGGCCCCGUCGCCCCCCACUACCUAUGGGUAUAUCAGCAUGCCCACCACCUCUGAGCUGGCCGACAUGGGCCAGGCAGGAGGAGGUGAGGGGUCUGAGGGGACCGACUUGCUGCGCCCCCCUCGGCCUUGCCCCACACCCACUCCCAGUGAGGGCUCCUUGGCCAACGGCUGGGGCUCAGCAUCCGAGGACAAUACUCUCAGCGCCCGGGCCAGCUUGGUCAGCUCCUCUGAUGGCUCCUUCCUCGCUGAUGCCCACUUUGCCCAGGCCCUGGCGGUGGCAGUGGACAGUUUUGGCCUGGGCUUGGAGUCCAGAGAAGCAGAUUGUGUCUUCACAGAUGCCUCCUCACUGCCUUCAUCCCGGGAUGACCUCUUCCUGACAUCCUCCCUCUCGCUGCCCCUGUGGGAGUGGAGGUCAGACUGGCUGGAGGAGCUGGAGCACGGUCACACCCAGCGGCUGAGCAGGGGGCUGCCUCCCUGGCCCCCUGACUCCUGGAUCCCUUCCCAGAGAAGCCAGCUCAGUAGUCCUGUGCCCAAGGCCACCAGUAAACCCCUGAAGUGAGACUCAGCCAGUGCCUGGCUUUGGGUAUGGCUCUGGCCUGUGCUCUGUGCUUGGGGCCUAUGGGACUACGCCAUGAAAACAGGAAAAAGCGAAAUGGAACAAGAGCAAAGCAGCCCUGGGCCUCUCCCCAACUCCUAGCCCUGGCUUUUUCCUCAACUCCCACCACCUCUGGAUCACAGGAGGUGGGGCACCAAGCUCUUCCUGCAGGACAAUGGUGGCUGGUGGGGGAGGGCCGGAAGGAAAGGGCUUCCAGAAGCUCCCUAUCGGCCUCACCUGGAUGGUUUCUACAGAGGAGUCAGGAGGAUGAGGACUGGAACCCACCGGGAGGGAGGCCCAGGGGGGAAGUGAGGAGGGAGAUAUGGAAAUGGGGGAAUCACCCUCCUCUACUGUUGUUGCUUGAGUUCAAGGAAUCAGAUGCUAUAAAACUGCAAUGACUUGA